AUGGUGGGGAACUCUUAUGAUGGUGAGGAACUCAUGAUGGUGAGGAACUAUUAUGAUGGUGAGGAACUCAUGAUGGUGAGGAACUAUUAUGAUGGUGAGGAACUCAUGAUGCUACUGAGUCCUGGUCCACCACAGGUCCACACCACAGGUCCACACCACAGGUCCACCACAGGUCCACCACAGGUCCACACCACAGGUCCACACCACAGGUCCACACCACAGGUCCACCACAGGUCCACCACAGGUCCACACCACAGGUCCACACAACAGGUCCACACCACAGGUCCACCACAGGUCCACCACAGGUCCACACCACAGGUCCACACCACAGGUCCACAACUGGUCUACACCACAGGUCUACACCACAGGUCUACACCACAGGUCCACACCACAGGUCCACACCACAGGUCUACACCACAGGUUCACACCACAGGUCUACAACUGGUCUACACGACAGGUCCACCACAGGUCCACAUCACAGGUCCACCACAGGUCAACACCACAGGUCCACCACAGGUCCACCACAGGUCCACACCACAGGUCCACACCACAGGUCCACCACAGGUCCACCACAGGUCCACACCACAGGUCCACCACAGGUCCACCACAGGUCCACACCACAGGUCCACACCACAGGUCCACACAACAGGUCCACACCACAGGUCCACCACAGGUCCACCACAGGUCCACACCACAGGUCCACACCACAGGUCCACAACUGGUCCACCACAGGUCCACACCACAGCCUUGCAACGUUUAUCAAACACCUCGACCACAGCCUGGCAGCACUCGUCCCUCUUCCUCACCAAGACAGAUAGGGUCCAUUUCCUGGACCCCACCACCAGAGCUUCCAAUCACUGGACCCCACCACCAGAGGGUCAAAUCCCUGGACCACACCACCAGAGGGUCCAAUCCCGGAUCCCUCCACCAGAGGGUCCAAUCCCUGGACCCCACCACCAGAGGGUCCAAUCCCUGGACCCCACCACCAGAGGGUUCAAUCCCUGGACCCCACCACCAGAGGGUCCAAUCCCUGGACCCCACCACCAGAGGGUUCAAUCCCUGGACCCCACCACCAGAGGGUCAAAUCCCUGGACCCCACCACCAGAGGGUCAAAUCCCUGGAUCCCACCACCAGAGGGUCCAAUCCCUGGACCCCACCACCAGAGGGUCCAAUCCCUGGACCCCACCACCAGAGGGUCAAAUCCCUGGACCCCACCACCAGAGGGUCCAAUCCCUGAAUGCCUCCACCAGAGGGUCCAAUCCCUGGACCCCACCACCAGAGGGUCCAAUCCCUGGACCCCACCACCAGAGGGUUCAAUCCCUGGACCCCACCACCAGAGGGUUGAAUCCCUGGACCCCACCACCAGAGGGUUCAAUCCCUGGACCCCACCACCAGAGGGUUCAAUCCCUGGACCCCACCACCAGAGGGUUGAAUCCCUGGACCACACCACCAGAGGGUUCAAUCCCUGGACCCCACCACCAGAGGGUUCAAUCCCUGGACCACACCACCAGAGGGUUCAAUCCCUGGACCCCACCACCAGAGGAUUCAAUCCCUGGACCCCACCACCAGAGGAUUCAAUCCCUGGACCCCACCACCAGAGGGUUCAAUCCCUGGACCCCACCACCAGAGGGUUCAAUCCCUGGACCCCACCACCAGAGGAUUCAAUCCCUGGACCCCACCACCAGAGGGUUCAAUCCCUGGACCCCACCACCAGAGGAUUCAAUCCCUGGACCACACCACCAGAGGGUUGAAUCCCUGGACCACACCACCAGAGGAGGAUUCAAUCCCUGGACCCCACCACCAGAGGAUUCAAUCCCUGGACCCCACCACCAGAGGGUCCAAUCCCUGGACCACACCACCAGAGGGUUCAAUCCCUGGACCCCACCACCAGAGGAUUCAAUCCCUGGACCCCACCACCAGAGGGUUCAAUCCCUGGACCACACCACCAGAGGAUUCAAUCCCUGGACCCCACCACCAGAGGAUUCAAUCCCUGGACCCCACCACCAGAGGGUCCAAUCCCUGGACCCCACCACCAGAGGGUCCAAUCCCUGGACCCCACCACCAGAGGAUUCAAUCCCUGGACCCCACCACCAGAGGGUCCAAUCCCUGGACCCCACCACCAGAGGGUUCAAUCCCUGGACCCCACCACCAGAGGGCGCAUAUUCAUUCUCAUGUUCAGGCCCUCACAGACACACAGAGGCUGCUUGA